AGCUUUUGUCCUUCAGGGAUCCUGCUCACAGUGGAUGGCCCUUUUUGCAGGACACACUGCAGCUUGCGGCACUGCAGCCUGGACGAAUGUCAAUCGCUGCGCGUUGCCCUGACUGCCCUGACUGCCCUGACUGCCCUGGGCGUGUGCCGGCCGGUCGUUAUUGCAAUCUCUUCCCACGAUUGCCCAUCCCAGCCCGUCUUUCUCCUUCCCCUCUCACCCGACACACUCCAAUGCCACUUUGGGUCACCGCAACACGACUGCCUCAGAGCCCACCACUUUGGACCUUACGAUGUGAUCCAAAAGCCACGAAUACACACCAUACUCAACCUGAAGCUCUCCUCUGCUCGACACCAUAACCACCGUCUGAUCUGAAUCUACGCGACAACAAACGCUCCUCCAACCAAUUCCACUCUUCCGCUUCGCUUCUCGUCCGAAAUCUACCUACACUAGGAACUGUUCGCCAUGGCACCACCAAGGAAGAACCAAAACCACGACGACAAGUCAGACACUCCCCACGAGGGAGGAGGAGGGGGAAAGAAGAAUGGCCAUACCGGAGGCACCAAGAUGCGGCGAGGCGGAAGUUCGACGGGCUCGAGCCUGCGUGAAGUGACCAACGCCGCCGCCGUUCUUGCGGCCGGUCCUACUUCGCAUCCUGCGACGACGGCGACGACAACACAGUCGGAGGCAAGCAACCCAGGUCUCCAAUGGCCCGCCUUCGAAAGAGACGUCCUCCAUGCCUACCGACGAGCCUACCGUCUCCAGACACCGACCGCAUACGCGAAUCCUGUCCACCAAUGGGUCCUCACCCAACCCGGCAGCGUUGGUCUAUACUCGCCCACGAUUGCGCGACGCAAGGAAUAUCGGAGGCAAGGCAAGGACCAGUUGACCAGCACGGUGCGCAAGCACUUCAACGGUCUUGGCGUCCAGGAGAACGACAUCAUUGUCGAUUUUUUGCACAAGAUUCGCACCUCCCAUGGGGUACCCAAGAAGAAGGUUAUCAAGCCGAGGGAAUACAUCACCUUGCCUCCGGAGGAAUGA